AGGUCAGCAGGCAAAGGGCAGCGGAGGCCGCGCUCCUUCCCAGCGGAGCCGUUUGAACGGAGCCGUUUGUUCCAGCGGAGCCGUUGCUGUGGAACCGCCGAUGUCCCUUCGGCGGCGGCGGCCCCGAAGCAGCGGGACCUUGAGGCCGCGAAGAUAACCGGCCGAGGCGGGAGGAGCCCCCCGCUGCCUACCGCUCCCACCUACACCCUCCCGCCCAUAAAGCCGGCGUGGGGACGCGCUGCUUGUUCGCCUUCCCCUCUCGGCGUGGCUCGCAGCCGCCUGACAUUUGUCCGGCUCGCCGGUAUUUUUUCUUUCUUUUCGUUCGCCGUCCCCUCUCGCAACCACGGCAGCUGCUCUCCCUUCACAGCCGCCUCGGCCCUCUGUGGGGCCCGGGCCGGCCGCCUCCUGGCUGUCCGCAACCCGCCGGGCGCGGCGCAGAGCGAGUUCGGCGGCGAGAGUCCGGCAGCGCGGCGUUAUGCUGGCCGGGUUCUGCCGCGGGCAUUCGGGGCGGCUGUUAAGGCUGCUGCUGUUCUGCCUGUGUCUCCCGGGCUGCAGCCUCACAGGUCUGCCGGUGAUGACAUGGGAUGCCAAUCAUACUCAAGAGAAUGCUUCGAAUCAGGUGCACACUGGACUGAAGUCAUCUGCUGAGCCCAUAACCCCACAGACUAUCAGCCCAACAACCUGGGGCAGCAUUUCAGAUCACUUGACACUUGGACGUGAUGCAUCUACACCUGGUCCAGAUCUUACUGGGUCAGAGGAGAUGAAUUUGAACAACUCUAAACUUGAGUAUGAGGUGGUCCUUCAUGGUGAAUCUGUUCCUGUGGAAAAAAACAUCUCUUUGAGCAGUGCAGUUACAAUUGAGCUGAUAUGCAGACUGGAUGAUGAUUAUUCUGCCAUGAAAAUUCUUGAGGUGACUUGGAAGAGGGGAGAUGAAACUAUCACACACACCGAUAAAACUGAAAAGAGCUGGGCCAUCCAAUUGACCAUCUCAGAAAACAAAGAUCUGGGAACUUACACUUGUACUGUGAAAGGUGAAAAACAAUUCAGUGCGGUGUUUCAUCUACAAGUACCGCAAGUUGAAAGAAAAGAAAAACCUGUCAUCAGUUAUCAAGGUGACUCAGCUAUACUGGUUUGUAAAAGUCAUAGUCAUACUCCCAUUUCUUGGACUUGGUAUAUGACCAAUGGAAGUGAACAGAUUGUCAUUAAUGAAUCCCUGGGGCUGGAUAAGUAUGUAAUAAAUAGUGAAGAUGCCCAUGUAGCCCAUCUGAAAAUACUGAAGCUUACCAAAAAAGAUGGUGGUGUAUACUGGUGUGAAGCUACUUUUGAACUAGGAAAGAGUAAAGGAAAACUGAAGCUUAAGAUUCUGUCGCUCCUGGCGCCACUUAAACCAUUUCUAGCAAUAGUGGCUGAAGUUGCUACUUUAAUAAUUCUUAUCUUUACUAUUGAGAUUUAUUCGAAACGGAAAGAGAAGCGUGCAGAAGAUGAAAGAGAAUUUGACCAAGGUGAACAACUUAAAUUUGAUGAAAGCAAUGGUGUGGAAAGCAGUAAUACAAGGCACAGAAGAGUUUAGUCUGGUUCCUAAAAAGGGAAGCCAAGGCUACAGAAGUGGAAAUCAUCACUAAGAAGCAUGCAGCUCUGCCUUUCGAACAUCAACUAUGCUCCUAUAUAAGCUCCUCUAUAGUUGUAAGAAAUAAAAUGCUCUUAAAGUUUAAGUCUUAAAGUCUUUACAAAUAAUAUAUCCUGAUAUACUGUAUUUUGACUCUUGCUGUCUGUAAGACUUGUAUUUGUCAUGUUACUGCUAAAAGGCUGGUUAGAUUUCAUAUUGUUGUAUUGACUAUUUAGUUCCAACUUAAGACAAAAUUAAUCUUGCAUUUACUGAACGAGUAGGUAAUACAGAAAGGGACCAUUAUCAAAAAUGGAAUUUUAAAUACUUAUAAAACCGGACUUGUGAGUUUAAAAAAAUGUACUUCCACCAAAGAAAAUGCCUUUUACUGGCAAAUAAAGAAAAUGUGAUAUAGAGACACUUUUAACCAAAGAAAUGUUCAAAGGGAAAUAUUUAUCAUGAUUUAAGUAGAAGAUCAGUUGUUUUGCACUCAUAACGAACAGUAAAAUAUCUUAAUUCUAACUUUUUGCUUAGCUUCAUGUAGUUAGAAGGAAAUAAAGUAUGUUCUGGAUACUUAAUUUCCAUGGCAUUUCCUCCCAUAUGGCUGUGAUACCAUGUUGUAUUUCCAAAUAGGCUGAACAUUCUGAAUAGACAACAAGCUGAAUGCUGUGCAGAUUAGAAACUUUGGUAUUAUUUUGAAGGUUUUCUUCCUUAUAAAAAAUGUAAGGAAAAGACAAAGUAAAUGAAACAAAAUCGAAUUGCAUUUCCUCAAGUUGUUGGUUUUUUUUGAAACCAGAAGAAAGUAAUUGGAAAAAAUAAAAAGGAAACAAAUAAGAGGGAAGGAAUUAAAACCGUUUCACUGUUCCUAUAAGUGAAGAUAUCACAAAAUAAAACGGCCAAUGCUAGGCUAUGUGGACAAAAUACAGUCUGAUCUGUGCUUUUUUUUUUUUUGGCUUCUUUGUUUAUUGUGUACAAUUAGCAGGUUUGACAUCUCUAAAUUACAGCCCAAAUAAAAACAGUGGGAGGAAUAUAACCAUGAAACAGUAGAAUGUGAGGGCUGAACACUGAUAAAGAUUUCCCUGCAGAGGUACUGUGUUUACUGUAUUUUGCCUUAGAGUUCAUAUGCAUUAUUAAAAAGAAAAAAAAUAACUUUUGUAGGUUUUUUAUACAACUUUCUUAUUACAGCUUUAUUUUUAUUUUUGCUAUAAAAAGUAUAUUUUUUCAGGUUAAUACUACUUUAUAUUGGUCCUUUGAAACAGUACCACAAGUCUGUUGCUUUUUGCGUGCAACUUCUGCCUUUUUUGAGCAUUCCUACUCAAUCUCAAAACCGUGGUGUGAGGUCUUGGCCACCUGUAUGUGAGUUGUGUGGAGGGUAAUAUUUUUUCUGUUGUUAGUCAUAAAGGGCUGCAGUAAAAGCAGGCAGGAACCAGAGAACCCUGAAAUAAGCAUGUAUUUUAGAUGUAUUAUGAGUUCCUCCUAUAAGGACUGCAGUAAUUUUGGUGAAAUUGGCUGCUGAUACGUUAGUUUGAUCUUGACCUGCCUCCAGUGUGCUCUAAUUGCUGUGCCUUCAAGGGAAUUGGUACUUCUGUUUCAGUUGGCAAAUAGGUCUGUUCCUCCUUUCUCUGCCAAAGACAUCAAAUAAGAGCCGAAGCAGUCCCAAACCCAAGUAUGAGAGUACUGACUGAUAAACAGUUAAAAUUAGAAGAACUUCACAUUACAUCUUUAAAUUGCCUAAAUUUAAAGAUGUUCAUGACUGAUAGAGCCUCUUGUUGAAUGUUAAAAGGUUUCAAACUUGUAAUGUUUGUCCCAUCUUAGCCAAAAUGUUUUGUGUGAUUUUUUUCAUCCAUUCAUGCUUUCCUUCAAAGAUUGUAUUUUUCAUCAUUAGAGCAGUAUUUACAUCAUCUGACUUGCUGAAUUAUUUUCAAGUUGACAUUAAAAGCUCUGUAACAGUGCCUUGAAGGAAGCAGUUUGUCUUAAGCAUGGUUAAGUUAAUCUUUCUCUUGUGCAGUAUGUUGAAGAGUUUUCUCUGAAACUUAACAGUGAAAUCUAUUUUUCUAGUGGAAGUACUGAGCCUAAUGCUUUUAUCACACUUGCCUUAUUUUAUAUUCCGAUUUUAUACAGUGCUUCUUUGACUUUUUUAUUUUUUGCUUGGGCAGAAAGAUGUAUACAUGUAAUGGAAUAUCUUCUGUGUGUUUGCUGUGUAGGUAAUAGAGUAGUUAUGAGUUGUAUGAAGUUGCAUUAUUGUACUUAGAAAUUGCUCAAAUAAACUUGAAAAAGAAUGCA